CAAGACGAAGGAACUGGCCGGCCCCACACCAAUCCACCGAAUCUUCGCUCGCGUGGCUCGUCGCCGCUGCGCCACCCGAGCGGGGGCGCUCCGCUUCCUCCGCGGCCACACUUCGGCCGACGGGAUCCACCACCACCACGACCACCCGAGCCAUCCGAGCAACACCAACGCAGCGACCCACCGGCCGCUGCCAUGUCGCGCUGCUGCCCCUGCGCGACCUCCUCCUCUCCCGCCCUGUUCCUCCUCCCCUCCGUUCCCGCCUCCUCCACUUCCAAAACCACCAGCACCAGCACCACCAGGGUUGCAUCCUCCCCGUGCGGUGGCGCCUUCAGCUGCGGGAGCGGGAGGCUGCGGUGGGGGACGGGACCGAGAGGCAGGUACGCCACGGUCGCGGCGAGCGGCAAGGAUGGGAGUGGUACGGCGGAAGAGGAGAAGGGAGAGGGCGACCCGGGGUUCAACCCGUUCGGAUUCGUGACGGACAACCCCUCCAGCCGCAGCGCCAUCCAGCUUCCCGCGGUUCCCGCCGAGGACGGCAAUGUCGGCCAGAUGCUCUACAGGAUCGAGGACAAGGGGAGGGACUACGGUUCGUAUGUGAGAUCAGGAGAGUUUAAAUGGUUCGUGAGGGAAACAGGCUCAUCUGAUGCACGACGUGGCACUAUCGUGUUCCUUCAUGGGGCUCCUACUCAAUCAUUUAGUUACCGCGUGGUUAUGGCUCAGAUGGCAGAUGCUGGCUACCACUGUUUUGCACCUGACUGGCUUGGAUUUGGGUUCAGUGAGAUGCCACAACCCGGAUAUGGAUUCGACUAUAAAGAGGAGGAGUUCCAUAAGGCAUUUGAUGAUCUUCUUGGUACUCUAAAUAUUACUGAGCCCUUCUUCUUAGUUGUCCAGGGAUUUCUUGUAGGUUCUUAUGGGCUGACAUGGGCACUGAAGAACUCAAGCAGAGUCCUUAAGUUGGCAAUCCUUAACAGUCCACUUACUGUUUCUUCUCCAGUUCCUGGAUUGUUUCAGCAGCUAAAGUGGCCACUCUUUGGUGAAUUUACUUGUCAAAAUGCUGUUUUGGCUGAGCGUUUCAUUGAAGCAGGUAGCGCCUAUGUGCUGAAACUGGAAAAGGCUGAUGUAUACAGAUUGCCAUAUCUAUCCAGUGGUGCACCUGGAUUUGCUUUGCUUGAGGCUGCCAGGAAGGUCAACUUCCAAGAUGUACUAAGUAGAAUUUCGGCUGGGUUUUCAUCCAACAGUUGGGAAAAACCAAUACUGCUCGCAUGGGGAAUAUCUGACAAGUACUUACCACUGUCGGUAGCAGAGGAAUUCAAGAAAGCUAAUCCUGAUGUUGUAAAACUGGAGGCGAUAGAAGGAGCUGGUCAUAUGCCGCAGGAGGACUGGCCAGAGAAGGUCGUGAAGGCCCUGAUAUCCUUCCUGUAAAAGUAGGCAAAGAUCACAAGGCCAUCUGCCAUGUCUUCGCUACUUCCACUGUCUGAUUCCAUUGUGCCGUGAAUUGCUUUGAUUCGGUGGUGCGUGACACGUUGUUACAGGGCUCCACUACGGCACGUUGCGAAAGCAUAACAUGCGGAGAUCAUGAUAAAUUAUAAAAGUUAAAAUUCAGUAAGGUAUAUAAGUGAUCAUAACAGUGUUUCUCGUGCUUAUAAGAACUAAGCCAUACUUUUCGCGCAUUCUGUUGUUAACCACAGCAUUUGGUCAGUGUUCACACCUGUACAGUUGGUAUCAUGGUAUGUAACCCUUUGUAACAUGUGGUAUAUAUUUGCACCAAGAGUAAAUACAAACGACAUUCAUUUCUCAA